CAUAUGAACACACUCUCUUUCUCUCUCCCACACACACACAUACCCACUUACCCAUAUAUGAACACAGGCACACCCACUCUCUUGGACUGAGACAGAGGACAGUGCAUGGAGUUGCAGCUGCGUAAAUAGACUGGAUCUCUAGAAGAGACAGGAACUUGGGCACCAUCAGUAGUCACAGAUUCCGUGGGACAUUUAUUCAUCAGGAUUCCAAGAUGAACUCAUUUUCAGCCAAAAUACAGUCCAAGAUGGAGCUAGCCAGGACAAUGAAGGAUGAGGAUAAACUGUACAGGUACAGUGGAGUUCUUUACCCUGUCAUCAUGAGCCCCGUGGAGAAUCUGAAGGCACUAGAAGACCUGGAUGCCCGGCCAGAUGAUAUCAUGUUAGUUGCUUAUCCUAAAUGUGGGUUCAACUGGAUGGUUGCUGUGCUCCGGAAAAUCAUCACAGCUGGAACUGGACAGAAAGCAGAGUCAAGGAUACCUCCACUUAUUGAGUUCUAUGGACCGGAAAUGAUUGAGCCCCUUGCCCAGGCGCCGUCACCGAGGUUUCUCGGAACCCAUAUGCACCCUGACAACAUUCCAAUGUCGUUCAGUGUGAAUAAAACAAAGAUGCUGGUGAUUUUCCGAAACCCUAAAGACACUGUAGUUUCAUUUUAUCAUUUCUCCAACAAGAAUCCUGUUCUGCCAUCUGCAGAGUCAUGGGACCGUUUCUACUCAGACUUUAUGAGUGGUGAAGUUCCAUGGGGCUCAUAUUUUGACCAUGCUUUGGCCUGGGAGAAGCGGAUGAAUGAUCCGAAUGUCAUGAUUGUCACUUAUGAAGAGUUGAAGCAGGAUCUGAGUGGAGGGGUUCGACGAGUCUCUGAAUUCUUUGGCUUUAACCUAGAUGAUAACACCAUUGAAACAAUAGCAGAGGGAAGCACGUUCAGAGCCAUGAAGGAGAGUUCAAAAGAUUCUCAUGGACAGAUGGGCAAUGUUUUUUUCAGGAAAGGAGAGGUUGGAGACUGGAAAAACCAUUUCAGCCAUGACCAGAGCGAGCAAAUGGAUACUGUAUUUGAGAGACAUCUUGGUGGAACAAAACUGGGGGCCCAGCUAAAUUAUGAGCUGCAUUGUAAAUGGUAAACAAAUGAAGAGAGUACCACUUUGUGUCUGUAAUAUGAACAGCAUCACAGCACUGGAGCAUUCAUACUAGGGGCAUUUCUUAAGACAUGGCUUCAGAAGGAGUAAGAAACUACAUGUAUAUUUUUAUUGUUUUUUUUUUUACAGAUUGUAGACUUUUGUUUUGUAUCUUUAUAACAUGAUUUGUACAUUAAAUAGACAUAAUCAAUUUCACAUAUCCAAUCA